AUGCAGCAGCCGCUCCUGGGCUCCAGACCGUCCCAGCUGGGCUUGCAGCGGCCGCAUGUGGCCCGGCUGCUCCCGCAGCUGUUCGUGCUGGCGUCGGUCCAGGCGGUCACGGGGGAUGGAGAGUUGGCGUUGUUCGCAGAUAAUUCUUGUAGGCACUUGAAGGCAACGAACGUAAUGAGUAGUUCAGAGUCAACCUGUUUCUGCUACAUUCCAGAUGGAGCAAUACACUUAAAAAAUAUUUGGUCAGCUAUUCAGGUGAAAAUAAAUAGCACUGAAAUGUUCGGGGUGGUGUCUAUCACAGAGGAACAGAAUUGUCAAAAUUCGGAAAAUCUGUUUGCCUUUUUAAAGUGCCUGAUUAACAAUAUUUGGCAAUCAGGUAUGUCUAACGAAAUCACCAUAUCAGUGGACCAAUAUGGAGACAAAACAUGUUUCAGGGUCCAACCCCGAAAUAAAGUACCCUACACUGUGAUUGCACAACAAAACAUGUUGGAUUGGAAACUCUUUCUGUUGUUUGUAGCUGGUGGCCUUCUCUUUCAUUUUGCCCUUAACCUGAGUAGAAGUAUUGUAUUCUAUUAUUCUGCUGGAGUAGCAUUUGGUAUUCUCGCCACUCUACCCUUUCUCCUUUUGAUGCUUAGAAGAUUUAUUCCCAGGCUAAGCACCUUCUGGAUUUUAACAGGCGGAUGUUGGUUCUCUUCUCUGUAUAUAUUUUACACUUUCAAAGAGGAUUUGAAAUGGCUCUGGUAUAAUUCUACACACUACAUAUUGGGGUAUAUCAUGAUACUUGGAUUUGUCAGUUUUGCUAUUUGUUACGGCCACGGCCCACUCAACAGUGAGAGAAGUAUGAAUCUCCUGAUGUGGACACUACAGCUUCUAGGCUUAAUCUUAAUUUAUUUUGGUAUUGCCAUCCCGCAGGUGGCAUAUGCAGUAAUAACUACCAUGAUCUGUUCAAAAUUCCUGCAAUAUCCUCUUAGAGUAUUCUGCUAUGUUGGCAGAAAAGCCACUCGCUUGUUCAAAUCAGAAAAGUUAGAGGUUCGUUAUCUGACUGAAGAGGAAUAUCGGGAGGAAGGUGAAACGGAGACCAUGAAAGCCUUGGAGGAGCUCCGUACAUUCUGUAGGAGCCCCAACUUCCCCUCGUGGGUAGCAGUGGUCAAGCUGCAGACCCCACAAAAGUUUGCAAACUUUGUUCUAGGACUUCCUCACGUGUCGCCUGAAGAAAUGGCCAGUCAUGACGAACAGUAUGGUAUUGGAGGAGCCCUUCUAGAACAGCAGCUUUUUAAUAUAGACACUGAGGAAGAACCAAACCCACAAACUGGUCCAAUUCAGGAGGAGGAAGAGGAGGAGAAUGAUGAAGAGGAGGUUCAAAGUCAGCGAGGACAAAACAGUUUGCACUUUUGCAGUACAGAGUUUCUUUGAGCCACCCUGCCGCGAUAAGGCAGGGAAAAAUACACUACACAGCAACUGUAGAACACAGUUGGAAUAUUCUGCUCUUUGAACUGUAGGGGGCAGCCAAGACUUUCUGAAGGGUUCAGUGCUACGGAUUCAAUGAGUUCUGAUUUCUACAAAUCUAAUCUAUGGAUUCUGCAGUGCAACCGGCUUCUUCCUAGUUGUGCGGAUUCCACAGACUUGCGGGUCAUUUUUUUUUUAACAAAAGGGGGGGAUUAGUGCAAAUUUGUCCUGGCACUAAUGUGCAUUAGGACUAAUAUGAAUUAAUGUUAAUGUACACUAGCAUCCUUUUGGGAACACAUGCAGUCCCUCAUAAAUUUCUGUCACCAUUAUAGGACUGGAGCCUAAUGAAACAGCAUUAAGUACGGGGUGUACUGGUUUUGUUAAAUCGGUUUCAUCCGUGUUUCGCGGAUUGUGAGGCAUCUUUCAUUCUGUCGUCAUUGAUGGAAGCAA